AUGGACUCUAUUCAGACGACGGUCUCCGGAUUUUCUCUGGACCUCGGACCACUAAAAGAACCAAUUGGGUUUAUUCGUGUGCUGGAAUGGGUUUUUACCAUUUUUGCCUUUGCCACCACGGGAGGUUACUCUGGAACAACUCACUUCACGGUCGAAUGCCCUGGAUCCAAGGAACCAACCAAUGUGAAGCCGGUUUUUGGAUACCCGUUCAGGUUGGCAGCCUACCCUUAUGAGAUGCCUUCGUGUGACAGCAGUGCUACUAAUCACACCUUCCUCCAAGGCGACUUUUCCUCCUCUGCAGAGUUCUUUGUGUGUGUGGGCGUGUUUGGUUUCCUCUACUGCACUGCUACACUGAUUCUCUACUUGGGUUACCAGCAUGUCUAUCGCCAGACCACCCGUGGUCCUCUUAUAGAUUUGGUGGUGACUGCCGCCUUCGCCUUUCUGUGGCUUGUGUCUUCUUCUGCCUGGGGCAAAGGCCUGACUGAUGUCAAAUGGGCCACAAACCCAGACCACUUGGUGGAGAAUUGUACAUUCUGCAAACCAGGAGACUUCCCCUCUAUGGGACGCCUGAAUGCGUCAGUGAUUUUCGGCUUUUUGAAUCUGAUUCUUUGGGCAGGCAAUUGCUGGUUCAUUUACAAGGAGACUUCAUUCCACAAACAACCCACCAUAGAGGAAGGCGGGGCCCCUGGCCCCUAA